AGUAAGAUGGCGACACGCGGCGCUUUGCCGCGAACGGGAAGAAUGCGGCGAUUCUCACGCCAAUACGAUAACAAUAAAAUACACAUUGAUCUUUGUUCUUAUCGCUUACGUGUGCAAGAAUGCGUUAAAUGCCUCGGAAAUAUUUAACAUUUAUAUUCUUCCCUAUAUUUUUCGGUUACGUCUCACGGAACCGCUGUGACGCACAUACAACCUGGUGAUACAUGUGUAUAUAUGUGCGUGGUAAAUAAACGAGCUCUCGCCGACCUCUCGCCGUCGUCGUCGUGAUCACGCCAACCCAAAACAUUGACGGUGGACGAUAGUGUAAUCUCGAUAUUGCGAUCACUGACAUCGGAUUCAGCUGAGGAUCGAGAGGAUGAUAAGAUAUGUGCCGCGGACAUCGUGCCGCGGCGGCGGUUGGUCGCGCGAGACGACGAUUAAUCUGCAUCAUCGGUUAACCGCGCGUCUCAUCCUCUUGCCGCCGCGAGACUAAAAAAAAGAAAAAGAGAGAGAGAGAGAGAGAGAAAAAAAGAGUGUUGAGAAAGCGACCAUCGAUAAGGGUGGAUUGUGGGUGCCACGAAAAAAAAAAAACAAAAACAAAAACGGACAACGCGAAAGCGCGCCGCCGCCUCGACACCGCCAUGAGGCUGGAGGAGAUGCCGUUGCGGCUGAGCUCCGACGAGCGGGACUUUGAAAUGGACGACGACGAGACGGAUUACUUGCUUCAGCCGUCCGAGGACAGCAUCAGGCAACUGACGUCGAGGCGACGGCGCAUCAAGGAUUGCUCCAAGUACCUGGGAAACUGCCUCUGCGGAUGUUGUACUUGGAUGUGGAGGAGAUGUUGUAGAGAACGGGAAUUAAGAGCCAGGGUUAUCCAUAUUGGGCAACCUAUGCACGAAAAGUUUCCCACCAAUGUAAUAAGAAAUCAAAAAUACAAUGUUGUUACUUUUUUGCCUUUGGUUCUUUUUCAGCAAUUUAAAUUCUUUUUGAAUUUAUAUUUUCUGCUUAUGGCUAUAUCUCAAUUCAUACCAGAUAUAAGAAUAGGAUAUUUGUAUACAUAUUGGGGACCAUUGUGCUUUGUUUUAACUGUAACAAUUUUUCGCGAAGCUGUCGAUGAUUUUAGAAGAUAUAAAAGAGACAAAGAAGUUAAUGCACAAAAGUAUUAUAGAUUAGUAAAAGGUUUUGAUACGCCAGAAUUAGUACCAAGUUCCAAAUUACGAGUAGGUGACUUGGUAAUAGUAGAGAAGGGCCAGAGAGUACCAGCUGAUUUGGUAUUAUUACGCACAACAGAAAAAUCUGGCGCAUGUUUUGUACGAACUGAUCAAUUGGAUGGAGAGACGGAUUGGAAAUUGAGAUUAGCAGUACCUGCAACGCAAAAACUAGAAAACAAUUCUCAAUUGUUUGAUAUUAAAGCCAGUUUAUAUGUUGAAAAACCUCAAAAAGAUAUACAUAGCUUUAUUGGCACUUUUUCAAGAUACGAUGGAUAUAGCAGUGAAGAAAGCUUGGGUGUGGACAACACAUUAUGGGCUAAUACAGCUGUGGCAUCAGGCUCUGCUCUUGGUAUUGUUGUUUACACUGGUCAGGAAACGCGAUCUCUGAUGAAUCAUUCAGAAAUCAGAUCAAAAGUUGGUUUGCUGGAUCAAGAAAUCAAUCAGUUGACAAAGGUACUAUUUUGCGCAGUAAUAGGACUUGCACUUGUAAUGAUGUGUUUGAAGGGAUUCAACGGACCAUGGUACCGUUAUAUGUUUCGUUUUGUUCUGCUAUUUUCUUACAUUAUACCAAUCAGCUUAAGAGUAAAUCUGGACAUGGGCAAGGCGUUUUAUGCUUGGUGUAUACAAAGAGAUAAGGAUAUUGCUGGUACAGUGGUGAGAACAACCACUAUUCCUGAAGAACUGGGACGCAUAUCGUAUUUGCUAAGUGAUAAGACCGGAACGUUGACACAGAAUAAAAUGGUGUUCAAGAAGUUGCAUUUGGGUACUAUAUCUUACAGUCAAGAAACAUUUGAUGAAGUGACAUCGGUAUUGAAGACUUAUUAUCCGACCGAUACGGAGAAUUCCCCGGUGAAGCCAACACUAUCCUUGCAUAGUGGAAAAGUGCGAAGAUCCGAGAAUACUCGAAUCUACGAUGCCGUGCACGCUCUAGCACUAUGCCACAACGUAACUCCGGUAUAUGACGAGAUAAGCAAAUCUUUGAAUCUGGAUUCAGUGAGCGUGCAUACAGUGGAAACUGGAGAUACAGGUUCCAUUCAAAGUCAAACAGAGGCCGAUCAACAUUACUAUCCGCCUGAACAGAAACGUAAUUACCAAGCUUCCAGUCCAGACGAAGUGGCUCUGGUGAAAUGGACAGAAGAAAUAGGAUUGGCUCUGAUCAAACGAGACCUAAAUUCGAUGCAGUUAAAGUCUUUGAAUGAUCAAAUAUUGAAUUACACCAUAUUGCAAAUAUUCCCUUUUACGUCGGAAACUAAGCGUAUGGGAAUAAUUGUAAAGGAAGAAUCCAGUUCCGAGAUCGUAUUUUACUUGAAGGGUGCUGAUGUCGUAAUGUCCGGUAUUGUACAAUAUAACGAUUGGCUGGAAGAAGUAUGCGAAAACAUGGCACGUGAGGGUCUCAGAACAUUGGUUGUGGCCAAAAAAAAUUUGACCGAAGAUCAGUAUCUUGAUUUUGAAGCAAGAUAUAAUGCGGCGAGAAUGAGUGUCAGCGAUCGUGUAUCGAGGGUUGUCGCGGUUGUAGAGAGUCUUGAAAGAGAAAUGGAACUGUUGUGCGUAACUGGCGUUGAGGACAGAUUGCAAGACAGAGUGAGGCCUACAUUGGAACUUUUGAGAAACGCUGGAAUCAAAAUAUGGAUGUUGACCGGCGACAAGUUAGAAACUGCAACAUGUAUAGCAAAAUCAUCGUGUUUAGUUUCGCGCACUCAAGGAUUGCAUGUUUUCAAAUCUGUCGUGACACGUACUGAUGCCCAUUUGGAAUUGAAUACAUUUCGCAAGAAGCAAGAUUGUGCCUUAGUUAUCAGCGGUGAUUCCCUGGAGGUGUGCUUGCAAUAUUAUGAGCAGGAAUUUCUUGAACUUGCUUGUGGUUCACCCGCUGUCGUUUGCUGCCGGUGUUCUCCUACGCAGAAAGCCGAAGUUGUCAGUCUUAUACAAAGACACACUGGUAAGAGAACAGCGGCUGUUGGUGAUGGUGGUAAUGAUGUCUCCAUGAUACAAGCUGCAGAUGCUGGAAUUGGUCUUGAAGGUCUUGAGGGAAGACAAGCAUCACUAGCUGCAGAUUUUUCAAUUUCUCAGUUUAAUCACCUUGCUAAUUUAUUACUAGUCCAUGGUAGAAGAAGUUACAAACGAUCGGCUGCAUUAAGUCAAUUUGUCAUACACCGUGGUCUGAUAAUUUCAACUAUGCAGGCUGUAUUCUCUGCAGUUUUUUAUUUAUCUUCAGUUGCCUUAUAUCAAGGUUUUCUUAUGGUAGGAUAUGCUACAAUAUAUACAAUGUUUCCCGUCUUUUCAUUGGUAUUAGACAAGGAUGUAUCAGGAAAAAUGGCGCUUACCUAUCCAGAACUUUAUAAAGAGCUUAGUAAAGGCCGUUCAUUAUCAUAUAAAACAUUUUUUAUGUGGGUUUUGAUAAGUAUAUAUCAAGGAGGAGUAAUUAUGUAUGGUGCACUUAUAAUGUUCGAGGACGAAUUUAUUCAUAUAGUAGCCAUCAGUUUUUCAGCAUUAGUUUUGACAGAGUUAAUAAUGGUUGCUUUGACCAUUAGAACCUGGCAUCAUAUAAUGAUACUCGCAGAAAUCUUCUCUCUAGCACUUUAUUUAUUGUCUUUAGUCGUUCUCAAAGAUUAUUUUGAUGCUGAAUUUAUUAAGACAACAGACUUCUUAUGGAAAGUAUUGGUGAUAACAUUAGUUUCUUGCAUGCCGCUGUACAUCUUGAAGUUUUUGAGAAAGAAGUUUUCGCCUCCUAGUUACACUAAAUUAUCCUAAAGUUUAUGCGAAAAUUGAUCAAUUGAUGCAUAAAUGACAAGAAAGGAUAAAAUCAACUUUUAAUAACAGAGAUAUUAAUAGAACAGACAUAUUAAUAACGGAGAGGACAUAUACAAAUUUUUUUUGUUAUAAUAUUCCUAAUCCAAUCCAAUUAAUAAUAUCGCUUAAAUUAAUUUUUAAUAAAAUAAAAAAAAUCAUAUGUGAACACAUUUUUAUAUCAACCAACUAUUUUUGUAAUAACCGAACGAUUUUUGUAACAUUGGUCCCAAUGAAGAUGCUUGUACUGCAAGAUAAGAUCAAAAUUUUAUUUUAUAUUUCACUGACUUAACAAAAAAAGGAUUGGAUUAAAAAAAAAAGUUGUUAUAAAUGGAACUGACAACUUCAUAAUGUUACAUAUAAUGUUAAUUUUUCCUGCGAGCUUAUUUACUACGUAUCUUGGCUUUAAGUUUAUUAUAUCACUUCUUUUAUAUUAAUUUUUUCUUUACAUUUCUUUUUUGUUCAUAUUAUUUAUAUUUUUGAAUUGCCAAAUUUUCAUCUUCCAUUUCAGUGUAUUUAUAUAUACAUACACAUAAUACGGCACUUAUAUACUUGAUCUUUAUCGCUUAUUCUUAAAAUACAAAUUUAAUAUUUUCCAAUUGAACACAAUAGUAUGUUUCAUGUAGUCAAAUUUGGAAAUAUAGAUCAAGCAGUCUUGAUCUGUAUAAUGAGAAACAAAUGCAUUUUACUUGAAAAAAUUAUUAGAGAGUUAAUGUAAUUAAAUAAUAGAACUUUAGUAUCCGAAACAAAACUGUGAUUUUUGCAAACAAGUCUAAACAGCAUUUUUUGCACUAACAUUGUUAUAUAAGAAAGCUUCUGAGAUUUUAUUUUUCAUCUUACUCUUAUUCUUAAAAUUUCACUUUAUUUCUUCCUUUCUAUGAGAAGCAUAUAUCUUUUGUUAUUUAUAUUCUCAAUCAUGUAUGACGCGCAUAAAUAAUACUAGAUUACGUAAUAUGUUUUAUAUUCAUGUAUAUACUGCAAGCAUGUAGAACAUACCUGUAAUCGUUGUUAUCACUAAUGUGGAUGAAGUAUACCACAAAUAAUAUAAUAGCUGUUUUUAGAAGAUUAUUUACUAUGUAUAAUACGUUUACGAUUAAUUUAUUUGCAAAUAAAAUAAUAUAUUCCUUAA